GUUUUCCACGACGAUUGAAAAUUCGCCUUGCGUUACGUGUACGCGGACCUCCUUCAUGGUUUCCGUGCACGAAGGGAACCGUUCGUGCUAUUCGAUUGAGGAUUAAAUCGUAGACUUUAUUUUCGGAAUUGGCCAGGAAACUUGUCAGCUGACUACAAUGUUCAGCAAUCGUAUAUCACCCAUCCUGCGGAUGGCUGUACAGGAGCAGCAAUGGCAGCAGCAAAGAGGGAUGGCUACUCUCAAGACCAUCUCCAUACGUUUGAAAUCUAUUAAGAAUAUCCAGAAGAUCACACAAUCCAUGAAGAUGGUGUCAGCAGCUAAAUACAAUCGUGCGGAGCGCGAUUUGAAGCAGGCUCGUCCUCUUGGCAUUGGCACAAAGGUGUUUUAUGAACAGGCUGAAAUCCAAGCGCCAGAAGAAGAGCCAAAAAAACUUGUCAUUGCUGUAACCAGUGAUCGUGGUCUUUGCGGUGCUGUGCACACUGGUGUAUCCCGUAACAUUCGUGAUCGAUUAUUGGCUGAUCCCAAAGAACGCGAGAAUACAAAGAUUAUAUGUAUCGGCGAAAAGUCUCGGGCGAUCCUCCAGCGGCAGUUUGCGAAUAACAUGCUUUUUGUUGUAUCCGAGGUCGGUCGCAAACCACCAACAUUCAAUGAUGCAGCUAAAAUAGCUAUACAGAUAAUAAAUAGUGGUUACGCUUUUGGCUCUGGACGUAUAGUAUAUAACAGAUUCAAAUCCGUGGUGUCCUACGCGGUUGACGACUUGCCAUUGUUCGAUAAGAAUGCAGUAGUUACCGCUCCAAAAUUGUCGAUAUACGAUUCGCUUGACGACGAGGUAAUACAGAGCUAUUUGGAAUUUUCACUUGCUUCACUGUUAUUUUACUCAAUGAAAGAAGGCGCCUGCAGCGAACAAUCUAGCCGUAUGACUGCCAUGGACAACGCCAGCAAAAAUGCUGGAGAAAUGAUCGAUAAACUCACCCUCACCUUCAACCGCACUCGACAAGCUGUGAUCACCAGGGAAUUGAUUGAAAUUAUCUCUGGUGCUGCUGCUCUGGAUUAAAAAUGUCUCUGAAGGAUAUUUUAGUUUCUCAAUUUAUAGUGCCGGCAAAUAGAGAAAUACGUUGCUGAAAAAAAAGAACGAGAAGACACCUAUAUGAUGUCAAAAAAUGAAAAUCUUUAUUGACUUGGACGAUGUUCAAUUAACUGUGUGAAGUUGCACUGUAAACAUCAAGAAUAUUAUAAAUCUGUUAUUUAUAUGUCCAAGUUAUCCAAUAAAACGAUUUAAAUUACAAAAAAUAA